AGACGGCAGCCAUUACAUACUCUCUUCCUGUCAAGUUAUCAGUUUAAGUAUGGAUACUGCUACCAGUGCCCCGGAAAUCACGCAAUGUGACCUUUGUGAGACUGUUGAGGUAGAGAUACACUGUGAUUCCUGUCUUGUCAAUCUCUGUAAGGCUUGUGUGGGAGCACACAUGAUCUCUGAUGAAUCCAAGGAUCACAGACUCCUUAAAUAUCAGUCCAGGAAACCUACCCGCCUCUACCCUGAAUGUAAAUUUCAUAACAAGCAACAUUGCACAAUGUACUGUAACAAAUGUGACAUUCCAGCGUGUAAAAAGUGUCUUGCAUCUGAUGAACAUGAAACUCAUCAGAUAUCAGAAAUCUUAAAAGUUGUCAAUGAAAAAAAAGAUAAAUUAAUCAAAGAACGAAAUGAAUUAUAUGAGACAGUUUACCCCACCUACCAGAACAUUGCCUCUGAUGUACAAAGUAGAAUGAAUCAGUUAGAAAAGGAGUGUGGAGUUCUUUCUUCAGCAAUAGCAAAACAUGGAAUGGCCUGGCACAGAGAAAUUGACAAACUUUCAACAAAACUCAAAGCUGAAAUUGAUGAGAUGAAAAAUACACAGCUACAAACUCUACAGAAACAUCUGGAUGAAAGAAACAAGAAAAUUUCUGACAUUAAGAAUGAAAUCAUUUCAAUUGAAAGAGCAAUAGAUGCUAAUGACUUGUCGAAACUAUUUAAUGUAACAUCCAAUGCACAUUUAUACAGUAAUCUUCCACAAAAAAUUGUUCCUUCUCUGCCAAAAUUCAUUCCUGGAAAAAUACAAGGAGAAGAAUUCAGUAAAGUAUUUGGAGCCUUAUCAUCAAGUUCUUUAACAUCAGAUGAUCAUGGCUACAGCAUGAAAUUAAUAAAGCACCAGAAGCUGGAUUCUCUCCUCCAGUCAAACAGCUGCGUGACGAACCAGAAAUUGUAACAAUUAUAGAAACUGGGUACGAAUACCUUAUCAAUGUAGCCUGUCUGAGUGAAGAAGAAAUCUGGACAAGAGGAAACAACAGCACUAUGAAACUUUACAGCAUCAAUCAGGGAUCACUUCUCAAGUCAAUCAAAACCAAGUCAGGGAACAUACCAUUGGACAUUGCAGUAACGAAAAGUGGAGAUCUAGUUUACACUGAUGUUAGUGAUAGAACUGUGAACAUUAUGAAGAAUAAGAAGAUAGAAAACGUCAUCAGACUCCAGAACUGGACACCUCGAGGUGUCUGUAGUACCUUCUCUGGUGACCUCCUAGUUACCAUGUGUAGUCAUGAUGACAAACAAUCAAAAAUUGUCCGUUACUCUGGCUCCACAGAGAAACAAACCAUUCAGUUUGAUAAUCAAGGAAAACCUCUCUAUUCGCUUUACACGUGUAUAACAGAAAAUAGGAAUUUGGAUAUUUGUGUAUCUGACAAUAAAGUUAGGGCUGUAGUUGUGGUCAAUCAUGCUGGGAAACUGAGAUUCAGAUACACUGGACAUACGCCUGCUCCGAAGAACAAACCAUUCAUUCCACUUGGAAUCACUACAGACAGUCAGAGUCACAUUCUUACAGCUGAUGAUAACAAUGACUGUGUCCACAUCAUAGACCAGGAUGGACACUUCCUCCGCUACAUAGAAUGUGGUUUGAGUGAUCCCCGUGGGACUUUGUACAGAUAUAAAUGA